AGUUGAAUGAAUGCCGCCGCCACUUUCACUGCUCCACGCGCGCAAGCUCCACGCGACGCUCCUCAAGUCCGGUCACCAUGGCGACGCCUACCGCUGCAACCUCCUCCUCCGCGCCUACACCCGCGGCGGCGCACUUGCCGACGCCCGCGACCUACUGGACCUCAUGCCGUCCCCGACCCUCGUCUCCUACAACACUGUCCUCUCGGGCUACGCCUCCUCCUCGACCCCCGGCCUCCUCGACGCCGCCCUGCACCUGCUAGACGCGAUGCCCGAAAGGGACUCCUGGUCCUGGAACACCGCGAUAUCCGGCCUUGCACGCGCCGGUCGGGCUCACGACGCGCUGCGAAGGUUCCUGCAGAUGACGCGCACCCCCGUGGCGCCGGACGCGUUCACCUACUCCAUCGUCUCGCCGUGCUGCGGCGUUGACAUGGGAUCCGCGCGUCAGGUCCACUCGCGGGCUCUCAAGGCCGGGGUGUUCGCGGACGCCUGCGUCGGCACUGGUUUCAUCAAGCUGUACGCAGAGCUGGGCCUGAUGGAGGAUGCACGCAAGGUGUUCGAUUGUAUGCCGCUGAGGGAUCUGAUGUCAUGGAAUGUGCUCCUGGACUGCGGUGUGAGGUCCGGGGAAGCAGGAUCGUGUAUGAAGGAGUUUCUUAGCAUGACCGGCUGCGGGGUUCGGCCUGAUGAGUUCACCUUUGCCACUGUCUUGAAUGGUUUGGCUGAGCGGUCUGCAGGUCUGGAGGCAAUGCAGGUACACUCAGUUAUUCUGAAAUCUGGGUAUCUUAGGGAUCUUUUUCUAUGCAAUUCUUUGCUGGACGUGUACGGGAGAUGCGGUUACGUUGACUUGGCCAAGAAACUGUUCGAUGCUAUGCUUGAGAAGGAUGUUGUGUCGUGGACCACUGUGAUUUCAGGGCUUGCAGCCUGCGGUUACCAGGCUGAUGCCUUUGACAUAUUUUGCCAGAUGCUGAAAGCUGCAAUGCCGCCCAAUUCCUUCACCUUUGGGAGCAUAGUAAGCUCAUGUGCAUAUGUGAAUGACCUUGGCAGUGGGAGGCAGUGUCAUGCUCUUGCUGUCAAGCAUGGGUUAGAACUCGUUCCUAUAGCUGCCAGCUGUUUUGUCGAUAUGUACUCAAAGUGCGCCAAGAUGGAUGAUGCAAUAAGAAUGUUUGAGAUCAUGCCACAGAGAGACAUUGUAGCUUGGAAUGCAAUGAUAUGCGGAUUAGCUCAGAAUGGUCAAUCAGUGAGAUCUCUUGAGCUGUAUGAUGAAAUGAUGCGACUUCAUCAUGAAUCGGUCACCCCAAACUCAGUAACUUUUGUGGGUGUCCUGAGCGCAUGCAGCCAUGCUGGUGAUGUCCAGAAAGGUUGCAACUACUUCACUCAAAUGGUUAAUGACUUCCACAUCGAACCAAUUUCAGAGCACUACACUUGCCUUAUCGAUCUCUUUGCGCGAGCUGGGUGGUUAGAUGAAGCAGAAGAGAUCAUUUCAAACUUACCUUUCAAACAUGAUGCUGUUAUCCUGGGCACCAUGCUUAAUGGCUGCAGAAAAUAUGGUAACCUUGACAUGGCUAAGCGCUUUGCUAAGAGGCUUCUAGUGAAUAAUCCAGAUAAUGCAUCGGGCGUUUUUCUACUCUCAAAUAUGUACAUUGCAAAUGAAGAAUGGAAUAAUGCCUCGGAGCUGAGGGAUGCUGCGAUAUCAAGUGGAACUCAUAAAGUCAUGGGGAAUAGCUGGAUUGAUGUUGGUGGUCAAGUACAAUGUUUCAAAGCGGGCUCUAGUCCAGAUGCACAAUUCGAACAGAUAUAUGAUGUUCUGCAACAACUUCAGUUGAUGAUGGUAGAUGCUGACAAGCUGGUCACACGGAUUAACUCCUUAUGUACUUAUAUUAACAGUGAGUAGUGACAACUAUGCUUUAUUUUGAUGAGUUUCAAAUUCAUAUUGAGUAGUAUGUGCAACUUGGGUUGUUUUGAAUGACCCAUUUGGAUAGUAUUUCUAUGCGAGAAGGUUAGUUACUAAUGCAAUGCAACCUACUACAUCAGCCGACUCGCAAUACUAAAUCAUGUGUUCCUGAAAUCAUUCAUAUUUACUCAAACACCACGUUUGUUUGAGUACAUACGUUGCA